UCAGAGUAGCUUGAAAAAAUGGGGAGAGUAAGUGUCUUGAAUGAUGCUUUGAAGAGUAUGUACAAUGCCGAGAAGAGAGGCAAACGUCAGGUCAUGAUUAGACCUUCCUCAAAGGUCAUCAUCAAGUUUCUUCUGGUGAUGCAGAAGCAUGGAUACAUUGGCGAGUUUGAGUAUGUUGAUGAUCACAGGGCUGGAAAAAUUGUUGUAGAAUUGAAUGGAAGACUCAACAAAUGUGGGGUCAUUAGCCCUCGUUUUGAUGUUGGUGUUAAGGAAAUCGAGCCCUGGACUGCUAGACUGCUUCCAUCCAGACAGUUUGGUUACAUUGUCUUGACAACAUCAGCUGGGAUCAUGGAUCAUGAAGAAGCUCGCAGGAAGAAUGUUGGUGGUAAAGUGCUAGGCUUCUUUUAUUAACCACGACUAUUGAAGUUGCAUAGAGGUACUCUGGCUUUUUGCAUAUCCAUAUUGUGCUGUGGGAAAUGUAGUUUCUAGAGAUUUUGAUUACCUUUUUCCCCUUCCUUUUGUACUGCUGGUUUAAAUUUUAUGUUUGAGAAUGUUGAAU